UUUCACAUCUCACUCUCUCCAUAAGAACCCUACAAGGCUAACCUUGUCUUCUUUACUCUUCAUUCAUUAUCAAAACUAGAGCUUUUGAGGAAAACGCAAAGUUUCUCUUCUCAUCUCUACCCAUAAAGAUCUAAACGUUUCGUAUCGUCACUUCACAAAACCUUAAUUUUUGAAACUCUUGGGUCAAAGUAAUAUUCAAGACCUAGAAUAUAUAUAUAAUGAUGAUGGGAAAAGAGGAUUUGAGUUUAAGUUUGAGCUUGGGGUUGGCACAACCUCACCGUCCUCUCAAGCUGAAUAUCAACCCCAGUUCUCCACCCGUAUCCAAUCUCCAGAUCUUUUCAUGGAACCAAACCUUUGUUUCCUCCUCAGAUCAUCAAAAUCAUCAGUUCCUUAGGAAAAUAGACGUGAACAGCUUGCCGUCAACGGUGGAUUUGGAGGAGGAGACGGGAGUUUCUUCCCCAAACAGCACGAUCUCGAGCACCGUGAGCGGUAAGAGGAGAAGCGAGAGAGAAGGAACGUCCGGUGGUGCUGGAGAUGACCACGAUAUCACUUUGGAUCGAUCUUCCUCACGUGGAACCUCCGAUGAAGAGGAAGAAUACGGUGGAGAAGCUUGUCGGAAGAAGCUUAGGCUGUCCAAAGAUCAGUCCGUUGUUCUUGAAGACACUUUCAAGGAGCACAAUACUCUCAACCCUAAACAGAAGCUGGCUUUGGCUAAGAAGCUAGGCUUAACCGCAAGACAAGUAGAAGUGUGGUUCCAAAACAGAAGAGCAAGGACUAAGUUGAAGCAAACCGAAGUAGAUUGUGAGUAUUUGAAGAGGUGCGUAGAGAAAUUGACUGAAGCAAAUAGGCGGCUAGAAAAAGAAGCUGCAGAGUUGAGGGCACUAAAGCUUUCACCGCGGUUGUAUGGUCAAAUGAGUCCACCGACUACGCUGCUCAUGUGUCCAUCAUGUGAACGUGUGGCCGGACCAUCCAACCACAACCAACGGUCUGUGUCUUUAAGUCCUUGGCUCCAAAUGGCUCAUGGGUCAACCUCUGAUGUGAUGCAUCCUAGAUCUUAACAUUAUUCCGGUUCUAUGGGUCAACUUUUGAUAUUAUGUACUUUUUAGAUUAUUUACUCUACAUGUAUACUUAAAAAUCCUUUUACAUUUUAA